AAUAACAAAACUCUCUCAGUCAGUAUGGUCUGGUCCUGUUAUUCAAAUGGUAUGGCCAAAUCGUAUUAAAAUCCCCACCCCUCCCCCUCCGCCCCGCGCGCCUGCCCCUUCCCUCCCUCCCUUCCUCACUUCCUCUCCCUCCCUUUCUCCGUGCUUUCAGACAGACUGUUUUGCUGCAGUGAACGGUAGCCGUGGAGAGAGGAAAAGGCAAGAAAAACAAGAAGACAGCGGAGGGCGGAACGAGAACCAAGACAGACAGAUCCAUUGGGACCUUAGCGUGAGCGCCAGCAGGCACAGACGCUUCCAACACUCCUGAACCGACGGAGCCAUCGGGCAUCACGAGGAGCGCUUAUAUCGUCAGCGCUUCAGUGAGCUUCUCCACUUCUCCGGGCCUCAAGAGGACUAUUGGCUGUAGCGUGCUGGACGGAUGAGCGGGAUGCGCGCGCGUCAGACUCUGGCAUUCCCGUCAUUCCAGCGGGCAGCUCUCCGGGCGCUCGCGGCCUUCACGAUGAUUCUCGCGACCUCCGUGCGGAGCAACUACGUUUAUGAUGAUGACCCCUUUCAGCCGGUGACCCAAGAUGAGACGGUGGCAGUGGGCGGGGUGGUAACCCUGACCUGCGGCGUGAAGGAAAAUGAUAACUCCUCCCUCCAGUGGUCCAACACGGCCCAGCAGACCCUGUACUUCGGAGAGAAAAGAGCACUGAGAGAUAACCGUAUCCAGUUGGUAAAGUCCACGGCCACGGAGCUGAUAAUCACCAUCGGGGAUGUUCAGCUGUCAGAUGAUGGAGAAUAUACCUGUUCCAUUUUUACCAUGCCUGUACGGACCGCACGAGCCACAGUUACUGUACUCGGUGUUCCAGGUAAGCCGGUGAUAACAGGUUUCGAAGGUGCUGUUCAGGAGGGUGGCAAGGUAACUCUUACCUGCACGAGUUCAGGCAGCAAACCUCCUGCCAAACUACACUGGUACCGUGACCAUGUGGAGAUUCAAGGGCGUCCUGAUGUCGUGGAGUCCAAUCCUAAUGAACCGACCUACACAGUGACUAGCGAACUCACGCUGUCUGUCAGCAGAGACGACAACGAUGCUCUGAUCGCCUGCGCCGUGGACCAUCCAUCCAUCGCCAAUGGAGACAAGAGGACAGAGCAGCCCCUCAACGUCCUCUUUUCACCAAGAGUGUCGAUUCAUCCUGAAAGUGACCUGCCCAGAGAAGGAGAGAAGUUUUACCUGCAGUGUGUGGGGAACGGAAAUCCAGAGCCGAAUGCGUUUGUGUGGCGGAGGAAAGAGGGAGAGCUCCCCCCGCUGGCCAAGGUGGAUGGUGCGUUCCUGCGAUUCGAGUCCCUCAACAAGUCGGAUAACGGCGUUUACGAGUGCCAGGCUGAUAAUGGGAUUGGCAUGGGGGACGUAGCACACACCCUCCUGGUACAAGAGGGAGAUCCAGAUUACCUAAUUCCCUCCUUUACUCUUCCUUCAUCUACCGUUUCUCCCACAUCUCUUUCUCAAACUUCUGUUUUACCCUCGACCGAAGGCGAAACUCUUCCUCCAACCUCCUCUUCAUCGUCUUCCACUGUCAUCCCCACAUUCACUCUUCCCAUCCCCUCGACUCCUUCAGCUCCUCCGACUGUUCCUCCUUCUCCCGAAUCUCCCACCACUGCUCUGUCCAAUGCUCUGUUCCCUGAACUCACUCCUCCGGCUUACACCCCUCCCUCAACCCCCACCAUCCCCCCCGCCACUCCAUCAUCUGUCCCUCGGCUGAAUGGAGUUUACACCUUUACAGAAGCCGGAGAGAACGCCGCAGACCCUACAGCGAUGUCCACUGGUUCGGGAGUCGACCAUGCUGUGAUUGGUGGAGUGGUCGCUGUCAUUGUCUUCAUCAUGCUCUGUCUCCUCCUUGUCCUCGGCAGAUACCUCAUCAGACACAAAGGUACGUACCUGACUCAUGAGGCAAAGGGAUCAGACGAUGCUCCGGAUGCAGACACGGCCAUCAUUAACGCUGAGGGAGGCCACUCCGGGGUGGAUGACAAGAAAGAGUACUUCAUCUAGAGAUCCAUCCCUCCGUACCCUCUUCCUUCACACGCUUCAGUUCACUCAGCCUGACGGGGAAAUAAACGGGGAUGGCAAACGAGAGAGCAAAUAUGUGAGGAAAAAAUAAAAAACAAACAAAAAAAAAAAGUGUUGACCUGCUGGGACUGAAGGACCUCUAAUAAGCUUCGACACACAGGACAGGGAAGUGAGAGUUACGCACUGGCGCGUGGGCUCAUUUUCACACACACGUACACACACACAUUUCUUCAUUACCAUAAUGAGCAAACACACCCGACGUGACGUAAACAAUAAAAAGAGAUACAUCAAGGCAAUAUGACAGUGAACACACUUCCCUCGUCUCCCAUGAUUCCUUUCUAGCGGUCCAGAUGUGCGCGCUGAAGUGCACAUGCAUGAACUUUCAGGACACACACGGUCUGAUCCCAAACCCAUUGAAAGACACCGACGCAUAACAGGCACGCAUGCAAAACACACACUGAACUAAAAGCAUCUUAAACGUUAGACUAAAUUGAAUUUAGACCCUGCAAUAUCACUGACAGACACAAACACACACACACGCAUUUACAUCACAUCAGUGUUACACACACACUCAUUUACAUCACAUUAGUGUUACACACACACACACACACACAAUAACCAGGUGAAAACAGCAGCCCCUGCAAUCAUUGUGUGGGACCCCUGAUAUAAAUUUAUAAAUACAGUACAUAUAUACGAUUAUAUAGCAUCAUUUUUACUCAGUGUGCUGUAAAUAUAUCCUCCAUCUCUCUCUUUCUCUCUCUCUCUCUCUCUCUCUCUCUGUCUGUCUCUCUAACCCUCACUGUCUGAUAUUGCAGUAUAUACUCUCUGAGCCUGCCUGGUUUUCUUACAUGCGUGGAAAUGCUGAGUUGAUUAAAAAAAUAUCUGGACUAUAGGAAAAAAAAAUACAUGGUGUUAUGAAAACUUCAGUAAUAUUUGUAUGAAUUGCGUUCUCUUCGAGUUUGAUUUCUGGUGUUUACUGUUGGUGCAACAGUCUAGUGUCAUUUCAUCAACCCGGGAAGAUUAUUAAUGUUAUGUUUUUUUUUUAUUAUGAGGUCAUCAAUCUGAAUGCAUUUCAUUGAUUGUGAUGCUGACGUGUCAUUGUAUCAGGCCCAGUGAUCGGCUCACUCACGCCACCUUCAGGAAUGAAUCUACUCUAAAAAAGCAGGGUAAUGCAAACUACUGCUCUC